AUGUCUACCACUCAGCCUCAGAUAGCCAUUAUUGGCGGCGGCCCAGCAGGGCUGACCCUUGGUGCCCUCCUGCACAAGCAAAACAUCCCCUUCACCAUCUUCGAGCUCCGCCCCGAGCCCACAGAAGCAGAACUGUCCAAACCAUCCGGCUCGCUAGAUCUCCAUGAAGACUCCGGUCUCGCCGCCCUAAGGGAAGCAGGUCUAUACGAUGAGUUCUCCAAGCGAACAGCCGAAUGCUCCGAAGACCAAAUAGUCUACAGCAUGGACGGGGAAGUCUACUGGAAAGACGAUGGCGGCCUGAGCAACCGCCCCGAAAUCUCACGGCACGCUCUCACAACGCUCCUCAAGACGCCCCUACCCCCCGACAGCAUUAAAUGGGGCCACAAGCUCUUCGCAGCGAGGAGUAUCACCGCACCCCAUGGCCCAACGACAGAACUCGAUUUCGGACCCAACGGUAAACGCACCGUCGACCUUGUCAUCGGCGCCGAUGGCGCGUGGUCCAAGAUCCGCACUCUGCUGACAGACGUCAGACCCAGCUACAGCGGGAUCCAGAAUAUCACGCUCACGAUCCGCGACCUUUCAACCAAGCACCCGCAUCUGGCUGCGCUAGUCGGGCCGGGCAGUUGUACCGCGCUGGGACUGCGCCACGGCGUGAUGAGCCAGCGCGCAGUGGGCGACUCCGCGCGGAUCUACAUCUUCCUUUCUGUUCCAGACGUGGAGUUUCCUUGCAGUUCAGGACUGGCAGGAAGCUCUGCUGCAGCGGCGAAGAGGAUCCUGCUCAAUGACGACGCAUUGCUUGCGCGCUGGGCGCCGGCGAUCAAGGACUUGGUCAGCGUUGCCUGCGACGAAGAGGCUAGUGAUCACCCCGGCGAGACCGUGGACAUCAAGCCCUUGUAUAUCCUCCCUAUUGGCUGCUCCUGGGAGCACAAGCCCGGGGUCACUGUCAUUGGAGAUGCAGCGCAUCUGAUGGGGCCCUGGGCUGGCGAAGGAGUGAACCUCGCCAUGCGGGAUUCUUUGAAGCUGGCCCAGGCUAUUGUCGAAGCGUAUAAGGCCGGGACAGAAGGCUUUUCGGAGAAGUUGGGUCCCUUUUUGAAACAGUUUGAGACCGAGAUGGUGGAGCAUGCGAAGGAGAAGGCGGAGGAGACCCGGAAUAACGGGCUGAUGAUGUUCUCUGACGAUGGCGCGAAGGCAUUCGGUGAUUUCUUCCGCUCCGCCUAUGAAGCCGGGCAAUGCUGA